AGAAGCAUAAAGUUAUCCAUUUUUUCAUACGGAACGAAAGAUUCUUAAAAAAUCUUAGCAACUGUAUUCUAAUUGUGCUAAAAAAGGCGGUGCUAAAAAAAAUGCAGCCUGCUUGAUAUAGAAAUGGCCGCAAAAGUGAAAACUUUAAUUUUUUUAAAGUAAAUUAAAAUUAAAAGAACAAAUUCACGUGAAUUAGAGAAGGCAGACAUAUAUAUAUGGCCCAUAUAUAUAUCUUUAUCGCCUGCGAAUGGGCUCACACAACAAGGCUACAUCAAAGGAGACAUUCGUAAAGUAGAGAAUAAAGAGAAAAGUCAAAAACAAAAACCCAGAAAUAUAAUAAUAAAAGAGACGAAAACAUAUGAGUAGUCUGCGAUUAUGCGGUGGAUAAUCGAAUAAAAGCGAAAAAGCAAUAGUUUGAAGUGUUUGUAAAGACACGAGAAAAUCAACAAUUAAAAAAUAAUAAUAAAGAAAAGUGAGUGAAGUGAGAACAACGAAAUAUUUGCUAAAAGCUAAAGAAACCCAAAAUUGGCAGCAAGGCGUUUUUGGAACCGAAGGUGGGCAAAAAGUGAACAAAACAAAAAGCCUUAAAAUUUAAAAAUGUCAUAGAACAAAAGGACAGACUCGUCGCGACAUACAGAACGAUUCGCAUUACCAAUGAGACAUGCAAAUCAUUUUGCGGGACAGCAGCGACAACAACAUCAACGCUUUCUGAAACGAAUAUACGAUCCGCUUUAAGUACAAAACCUAAAGUUUGGAAAUAAAACCAAAUCAACAAAGAAAAAUAUCGUGUGAAGUCUGGUUGACGGUUUCAGUGCAUUCUAUGAAAUAACUAGGAUUAGAAAACUAACAGACAACCACAAUCAAAAUAAACGAAAGUAAAUACGAAACACUGUAAACCGAGUGCAGUCAACGAUGGAGCUCCGAAUGCGUUCAAAGUGGAUGCUCUUGGAAUUGUUCGCAUUUUGCGGACUCUCACUGUUCACCCAGGAGGCGGCGGCACAUGUGCUAGUCUAUCGCAGAAUAAAUAGUUUGUUUUUCUCUUUUUCGCAGCUAAUUGAACAGUAUAAUGAUCUGCCAGCGCAAUUUGGUCCGAGUCUACCGGCGAAUGGCAUAAAAGUCUUUGCCAUACCAGCAGCUAAAGAUGAAUAUGCCUGCGGUCCAGUGUCCGGGCCACCACGCAAAGAAUAUCCCAACAAUGCAAAAUUCGUCAUUAUAAUCGAGAGAGGUGGCGGCAUGAACUGUACUUUUGAGAAGAAAGUGCGCAAUGCGCAGGCGGCUGGUUUCGAUGCCGCCAUCGUAUUCAAUAAUGAUGGCGAUGAUUUGGAGCAAAUGUCAGCGAAAAAUGCGAGCGGCAUCUAUAUACCGGCAGUGUUUGUUGGCCACACAACCGGCAUAAAUUUGAUGACGUUCUAUACACCAGAGGUGAUAUUGGUGAUAAACGAUGAGCUGCCAUUCAACAUCAAUACGCAAUUAAUUUUACCAUUUUCGAUUUUAAUUGGGCUUUGUUUCCUCAUAAUGAUUUUCUACAUGAUUUACAAGUGUGUGCGUGAAGAACGUCGUUUGCGCCGGCAUCGCUUACCAAAGAAUAUGCUUAAGAAACUGCCGAUCUUGAAGUACACAAAAAAUUGUGAUCUCUCGCAAGACACUUGCGUCAUCUGUUUGGAUGAAUUUGCCGAGGGCGACAAAUUGCGUGUGCUGCCAUGCAAGCAUCCUUAUCAUAGUCACUGCAUUGAUCCUUGGCUAACGGAAAAUCGUCGCGUUUGCCCCAUUUGUAAACGGAAGGUUUUUACGAAACGCCAGCCGCGCGCAAGCAGGACGAAUCGACAAUCUUCAUUGGAUAGUGUAACUGAUACAGACGACGACACAACACCUCUGCUGCCCGCCCCACAACCGGCGCGGGUCGGUGGUAGCAGGCAGACUAGUGGCAAUGCGACAAGCAGCAACAGUGCCGCUAGUAGUGCACGCAGCGCUGCCUCAGCUGGUGGUCGGCGUAAUGGUCGUAAUACUACAACUACACGGCAUGGCACCUUUAGACGUGCACCAACGAACGAUAGCCACUAUGUCACCGAUGUCACUUCCGAUGAAGAAAAUGUACUAGCGUCACAAAACUCCCCCGCCCGUAGUGCACGUCGUGUAAAUCCUUUCGACCGUAGACCGAAUAUUCCACCGCACGUUGUCGAGCAACUGAUCACAACUAGACGAUCUUUCUGGCGGCUACCACUAUUCAGCUUUUUCCGCCGACCACAGUCUAUAAGCGUUGCAGCACCACCCUUCCUCGAGGAGAUUGUCCCUCAGCCACCGAUGAAUGUUGCCAUAGCUAUAGAUGCUGCAACAGCACCAACAACAACACGUGCUAAUACAGCCAGUAGUGCACCACUUGCUAACACAGCCCCCCUGGCAGUGGCACAUUCUUCGAACAACAUUCUCAAUCCGAAUUUAGCUGGUUCCUUCAAAGAAUACGAUGAUGAUGACGACGACGACGAUGAUGAGUUGCCGCAGCAGUCGAUUUAUGAGCCAGUCACAGUUAUAACACGUAAUGAAAAUAAUAAUACGGAGAGCAGCGAAACAGUUGCACCUAGGCGACAACAACAACAACAACAACAACAGCAGCAGCAGCAGCAAACGCAGGCUACAGCACCACCCACACGCACGCAACGCAUAUGAGUGUGAACUCCACAGAUGUGGCCGUCACAAACUACAAGAGCUAGCACCAAAUCAGACAUAGCCUUCGAAGUGUGGUGGAGUGAGAAUAGCAACUUUUAUAUUUUAAAUAAAUGUAGAAAUAAGUGAGGAGUUGAAUGCAUAUACAGCUGUCGUCAUUACUAUGUGUGUGUGUGCGUGCGUGCAAAGGAAGCGACCACGAGCGUGAGAGCGCGUCGUAGCGUCAGGUGCUAAUGCUGCUUGCUAGCCCACAGCAGAUGUUAACGCUUAAUGAUGGAGCUACAAGAAAUUGUGCGACUCUGAGUGUGUGGAAACAACUGUAAAUUUGAUAGUUUUAUUAAUUUUUAAUUAUUUGAUUAGAAUUUUACAAAAUGUGUAUACAUAAAAUGUGAUUUCAUAUUGGCUUCGGUAAAUUGUGUGCAUGCUUGCAGACACACAUACAUACAAACAAUACUUAGUUAUAGGAAUAUACGAAUGUAACUUUUAUCAUAUUACCGCAAUGUAAGUACAUGUAAGCAUAGAAGAAAAUGCAAAAUACGUACUGCAAUAACCUUGAAAAAAAAAACAAAUGUUUAACAAAAAAAAAAUUAAUAAUAAUUAAUGGAAAAUAAACUGUUGCAAGUAAAAGUUAUAUGUGUAAGAAGCAGAAACUAUUAUUAUAUCACCACAGCAACCAAAUUGUCUACAUACGUCUAUCUAAUAAUAUAGAAUUAUAUACGGAACUGUAUACAAACAUAUAUACAUAUAUAUUUUUACAAUUAUAAUCUAUUUUUAGUUAAUCAAAAACAAAGACAUUUGUAUUCUUUCAUUUUAACCAUUUCGUUGCGUCAAAAGUUAAACUUUUUAUGCAGUUUACCACUACAUUCUAUGCCACAAAUAUUGACAAUUACUGUAUUUUGGUCGAACUAUUAGCGCAUUUUUGACCAGAAAGUUCAAACUACAAGCUUCACAAAACAUUUUAAAUUGCAAUGCGACUAGUUUUCCCCAAUUUCUUCUGGCGUACAAAAAUGUUGUUUGUCUUUAACCUAAUCUUUUCAAUAUCAGCAAAUUUACACUAGUCCACAAAGCAUCUGCAGAACAAAUUUGUACCAAUUAUUCACAUUCAUCUGUAUAAGAAGUUUUAUAUCUCUUGCAUCGUACUGCUUUUAUUGGGUUGUUAUAAUUUUGUAUUUCCGUUUGUUUAGUAUUUUUUUUUAUAAAUGUACAUGAUGUUUGUGAUUUAACGUAUGCAAUAGAUUUAACUUAAGGUUACCAACUAUAGCAUUGUAAUAAUAUGAAAUUAUUAAGGAAAAAUAUUAUCAAACUUUUAGCGUGACCUAAGAGAUCACGUCAAUUGUGAAAUGUAAAUAUAAAAUGUUCCAACAACAAAAUACAUGAA